CCACACAACCGCGACUGCCUCCCACCUCGACCAAAUCCAACAUGGCGGCCGCUGCUGAUGAUGACUCGUCCGACCUCUCCUCCUUGUCGUCCCUGUCGCCCGCGCCCUCGGACGACGAGAUGGACGCCGACCCCGUGAAGCCCAAAGGCUCCAAGGCUGGCAUCCUAAAGUUCUUCCCGAAGCUAUCGGACCAGCCCCCCAAGGAAGCGUCGCCACCACCGCGCAAACGGUCCCCGUCCCCGCCGCACGAGUACGUGCUCGCAGACAAUCCUGACAUUGCGUUUAUUGUCAUGUUUCGAAACCGAUUCAGCGAUGCCUUUCCGAAAUCCCUCGCACACUUCGGACCGCAAGAGCUCGAACGCGACAUCGUCGAGCCUAUACCCGGUGAUCGCGUCGAGCACUUUCUAUGCGCGGUCCUCGGCCUAUUGCUGAAUCGCAAGCAAGAUGUCAAGCCAGGCCACUACGGGCGAGCUUUGGAAGACGCGAUUGCCGGCAACCGAAACCAGUGGCCAGCGGCUUGGGAAGACAAGAACCCGCUGUCGGGCAACGCGUCAUUCAACUCCAUGAUCCCAACGGAAAGGCUCACUCUACUGCGAGCCCUGAUACUCUGGGCCAUGGCGUCGUCCGACACCCUAAAGGGCCUGAUCAACCAGUCGUAUAAGCAAAACCGUCACGAGGAUGACCUGAAUCAACCAAGAGCUGUGCAGCCCUGGGGCUCAGACGGCGACAAACGCCGCUAUUUCCUCGUCGAAGGACAGGAUGACACCCACUUUCGCGUCUACCGUGAGAGCAAUCCGGCCGGUACCAAUCGCACGUGGUGGAGCGUCGCUGGCAGCAUCGACGACUUGAAAGCGUUGGCCGAAAAGCUCGAUACCAAGGAUGGUGGUCCAAAGGCCAGGAAGCUGAGCCAUAAGAUCCUCCAAGUCAUCCCACGCUUUGAGGCAGGUGAAGAGAAACGCAAGCGCAGGGAGUACCGACAGAUGCGCAAGGAGCAAUUUAAGCGACCCGAACCUGGCUUCUCCCUAUACGAAGGCCGCACACGUGGCAAGCGCAUCAAGUACACCUACUCCGACGACGAGGACAUGUAUUCCGAUUCCACUGGCUAUAGGCGCUCUGCACGCAACACUGGCACGACCACUCCUGCAGACUCCGGACCAGUGACCACGUCGAGUGGGCGACAGAUCAGGGCUCCUCCGCGACUGAACAUGGUGGCUGGUGCCAGCGCCCCCGGAAGCGUGCACGGCGAGGGGUCAGAAGUCGACAGAGACACAUCUGCGGGACCGUCGGGACGGCCUAGACGCUCCGCCGCGGCACACCAAAACGGCAUGAAUGGUUGGGAUGACGGCCACUCGCAGCAGCCAUCUGCCGGCACGGAUGACGAGGAGAGCGAGGCCGAAUUUGGCGACGACGAGGGGGAUGCUCAUGUCCCCGAGGAAUCGGAAGACGAAGACGAGUUUGACGAUGACGAGGCCAUGGUGGAAGAUGACCUGGACGACCAUCCACAGAGCUUAGUGGUGAAGCUCUCGGUCACACCGCCAAAGCUGAGGACUGCACUGGCUCCGGUGGGCCAGGCAACUGCCAUGUUGCCAACGCCCGACGCUCAAGACUGGAAGAGUAACGUGAGCACCCCGAGAGGGCCUGCCGUCGACACGGAGGAGUCGCCGAUCCAAGACUCGAUCUCGGUCGCGGCUGGGUCAUUGAAGGAGAUCUCUGAUUCCUCCCCUCUGCCCGCUGGAGUUGAGAGGCAUGCGACCCCGCCGCCUUCGGACCAGCCCUUUGAGCUACAGCGCCCUCCUACGAACGGACCGGUGGCUGCGGCCUCGCUGGCAUUUCGUGGAAGCCCGGAGAAGCACCAGGCACAACCGUUGCCGCCACCGGUCGUUUAUCUUUCUGGUCGGGAGUAAAUGUAAUGGUACUGAUGAUGGCUUUGGAGUUGGGUCUCAGGACGAUGGCGUACGGUACGGUAUAGAGGGUCUCGCUUUCGAGAACGCGUUGGAGGUGUCACUUUGGGGGGACACAGGGGCUUUGCACGCGUAAACUCGUCCGAGGCUGGGGAGGGCUGCUUUGGACCAUCGCAAGGGUAUAUGGAGCCCUUACUGCCCGUGGAUAUUGCAACAUGGCGCCGCUGGCAACAUUCAUGCCGGCGGUCAUGUUGAUGGCGUCCUAUGUAACAUGACAGAGAAGCAAUACAGACGCACCCCGCGACACCAUUUCAGGUGUUG